CUUAUAAACUCGAUCUUACAUCGCAGGGUCAAAGAUUACUUUUGUAUAGUUUAGUGAAUCAAAUUUUGAUCUUUGUGCAUAUGACAAAAGACUUAUUUUUAUAUAGCAUACAACUAAGAUAACUUUGAAUAAAUAUUUUUUUAAUUAUUUGAUAACUAGUAGAUUUGUGGUCUUUUGUUGCGAGUUUUCAUUCCGAUAAGUAUCAUUUAUCAUUUCACGUGAAUAGAAUAAAUCAUGAUUUUUCUGAAAGGAACUAGAUUAAUUAGCAUAAAAAUGCUUCCUGGGAGUAUGUUAUCAAGAACUAUGGCAGCGUACUCCACCAAAGUUUCUCUCAAUGAAGUCGUUAUUGCAUCAGCAGUCAGAACACCUAUUGGCUCAUUUAGAGGAAGUCUAGCUAGUGUGUCAGCAACAGAAUUAGGAGCCGUCGCAGUUAAAGCAGCCAUUGAAAGAGCCGGCAUUCCAAAUGAAGAAGUUAAAGAGGUAUACAUGGGCAAUGUUUGUUCAGGGUAUCUUGGGCAAGCCCCUGCCAGACAAGCCGUGAUUUUUGCUGGUCUCCCAAAAAGCACCAUAUGUACCACGGUAAAUAAAGUUUGCUCGUCAGGAAUGAAGUCCGUGAUGUUAGCAGUUCAAGGCCUCCAAACUGGUACCCAAGAUGUAAUGCUUGCCGGAGGAAUGGAAUCCAUGUCAAAUGUGCCCUACUAUUUGAAAAGAGGUGAAACUGCUUAUGGUGGAAUGCAAUUAGUAGAUGGUAUAGUAUUUGAUGGGUUAACUGAUGUGUAUAACAAAUUUCAUAUGGGAAAUUGUGCUGAGAAUACAGCAAAGAAACUAGAAAUCUCCAGACAACAACAAGAUGAUUAUGCCAUGUCUAGCUAUAAGAAAAGUGCAGCAUCAUAUGAAGCUAAAACAUUUGCUGAUGAAUUAGUUUCAGUGCCAGUGCCACAGAAGAGAGGUGCUCCUCCAGUUAUAUUUUCAGAAGAUGAGGAAUACAAAAAAGUUAAUUUUGAAAAGUUCAGUAAAUUGGCAACUGUAUUUCAAAAAGAGAAUGGCACAGUUACAGCUGGUAAUGCUUCCACUUUAAAUGAUGGAGCAGCAGCACUGGUACUAAUGACAGCUGAAGCAGCUCAGAGACUGAAUGUUAAACCAUUGGCUCGUGUUGUUGGUUAUGCUGAUGGAGAGUGUGAUCCAAUAGAUUUCCCAAUUGCACCAGCAGUUGCUAUUCCCAAUUUGUUGAAAAAGACUGGAGUUAAAAAGGAAGAUGUAGCUCUUUGGGAAAUCAAUGAAGCUUUUAGUGUGGUAGCUGUCGCAAAUCUAAAACUCUUAGACCUUGACCCUGCCAAGGUUAAUGUCCAUGGUGGUGCAGUAAGUCUUGGCCAUCCUAUUGGUAUGUCUGGUGCACGCAUAAUUGUGCACUUAUGUCACGCCUUAAAGAAGGGAGAAAAGGGUGUUGCAUCCAUCUGUAAUGGAGGUGGUGGGGCUUCUUCUAUAAUGAUUGAAAAACUAGAUGAUGGUGUUGAAGGCCCACCCAUUUUGACAUUCUACACAAAAGACCCAUGUCAAUUAUGUGACAUAGCAAUGGAAGAGUUAGAACCAUAUAAAAAUAAGCUUAUAAUUCAAAAAGUCGAUAUAACUCAAAAAGAAAAUCUAAGGUGGCUAAGAUUAUAUAGAUAUGAUAUACCAGUGCUAUUCUUUAAUGGUCAAUUUUUAUGUAAGCAUCGAUUAAAUCAUGAUUUAUUACAAAAGAGACUACGAGACAUUGCAAAUAAUAGCUAAAGUUACUUUUAAAAAAUGGGU